AUGUCAUUAAGUAAAGUUCCAAAACAAAAAGGUAUCUUACAUACUUUUGGUUUUAAUUUAACGGCAUUUGAAUUCACAGAUAAUCCAGAUGAAGUAUCAGAAAAUAUAAUAAUAUUUAUUGGAGGAUUACAAAAUGGUUUAUUGAAUGUUCCUUAUUUACCACAAUUAGCCAAGUCAGUUUCAAAAGUCAAAGGUAAAGAUAAAGAAAGUUGGAGUUUAAUUCAAAUACUUUUAUCAUCAGCAUAUACUGGAUAUGGAAUAACUAGUCUUUCAAAAGAUUCACAAUAA